UGUUUGAAGCAGUCAGCUGAGCCCAACUUGUGCGGACGCGGCUCUAACCUCGUACAACAUGCAGGAUCACAACGAAGACGUUUAACCCUGUGCACUUUUUGCCAUUCCUACGUGUGCAGAAAACAAUCCGGUUAAAUACCCUUUCUUUUGAUUCCACUUCGCCGUUCUUUCCCCGUGAAGAAUACCCAUUUGGAGGCUGUUGCGCAGGGGUUUGGAGGUACAUGUGACAUCUCAAAGCAGUUGCAGGGACUCCGAGUAUGGCCUUAGCUGGAUGCCCAGACUACUUCCUCCAUCAUCCGAACUACCAGGACAAUGUUGACCGCACUCCCUCUCACAGACCAUCAAAUCUCAUCGGUUCAAGCUUCCAGCAGUCGUCCAAUCGGAAUUCUCCUAACCACCCAGAGGAUGAUGUAGAUCUGGAGGCCCUGGUGAAUGACAUGGCCUCUCUUUCUUCCUAUGAGAGCAUCUAUGCAACCUGUGGGACCCAGCAUUCAGACUCGGCCCCUCUCUUGCACAGCACUGAUGGCAGUGGACUCCAUGGCAACAGAGUGGCCCCACUGCCACGGGCCCCUAGUAAUAAAGUGACCGCCCCCCACUCUCCUGCCCAAAAGCUCCGGCGAUCACAGCCAAUGCACAUACAGGCCGUCAGGCGCCUUCAAGAAGAAGAGUUGCAAGUUCGUCCGGCAUCUUUGCCAGCUAUUCCGAACCCGUUCCCUGAGCUCUGCAGCCCCUCGGGAUCUCCUGUGCUGAGUCCUGGAUCUCUGCCACAGCCAUCUGAACCACAUAUCAUCAAGGUUUUCGGCGAGGAUGGUGUGGGAAAAGUUGUGGAAGUCCCUGCCGACAUGACGGCCAGACAUGUGUGUCAGUUUCUGGUCUACAAGAACCACUGCCUGGAUGACAACUGCUGGUCUUUAGUGGAGCAUCAUUCCCUGCUUGGUCUGGAGAGGUGCCUGGAAGAUCACGAACUAGUUGUUCCUGUGCAGGCCUGCAUGUCUCCAGAGAGCAAGUUUUUCUUCAGGAAGAAUUACGCCAAAUACGAGUUCUUCAGAAACCCACUGAACUUCUUUCCGGAGCAGAUGGUAGCGUGGUGUCAGGAAACGAACGGCUCUAUCCCGCAGUCCCAGCUCUUACAGAAUUUCUUGAAUUCCAGCAGCUGUCCAGAGAUCCAGGGCUUCCUUUAUAUGAAAGAAACGGGCCGCAAGUCCUGGAAAAAGCUUUACAUGUUCUUGCGCCGUUCUGGAUUGUACUGCUCUACUAAAGGAAUGUCAAAGGAGCCGAGGCACCUGCAGUUACUGUCAGAUUUAGAUGAGAGCAAUAUUUUCACUGUGACGACGGGCAGAAAGAUGCACAACGCACCCACAGACUACCAGUUCUGCAUUAAGCCCAGUAAGGGCAGGACAGAACUGAAGGAGUUAAAGAUACUGUGUGCCGAGGACGAGCAGAGCCGAACCUGCUGGAUGACUGCUUUCAGACUGCUCAAGUUUGGAAUUCUCCUAUAUCAGAACUACAAGAGCCCGAACCAGAGAAAGACUGCCAUAUCAAACUUCACCACACCUGUGCGGAGCGUGUCCGAGAAUUCACUGGUGGCCAUGGAUUUCUCAGGAAGGACCGGUCGUGUGAUUGAUAACCCUGUGGAGGCUCAGAGCGCUGCCAUGGAAGAGGGACACACUUGGAGAAAACGGAGUCAGAGAAUGAAUGUUUUGGGAAGCCCCAGUCCUCUACAUCCCUCGCCAUUAAGCUCAAUGAUCCACAGGACACAGUUAUGGUUCCAUGGCCGCAUUAUGAGAGAGGAGUCCCACAGGAUGAUCAUGCAGCAAGGCCAAGUUGAUGGGUUAUUCCUGUUGAGAGACAGCCAGAGCAACCCAAAAGCGUUUGUUCUCACGCUGUGCCAUCAUCAGAAGAUUAAACACUUCCAGAUUUUACCUUUUGAGGAGGACGGCCAGGUCUUUUUUAGCCUUGAUGAUGGCUCUACCAAGUUCACAGACCUGAUCCAUCUGGUAGAGUUCUACCAGCUCAACAGGGGCGUCCUGCCCUGCAAACUCAAACACCCCUGCACCAUGGUGGCCUUAUGACCCCCUCCUGAUCCUAACAAACGACACGCACACACAAACACACACACACACACACACACGCGCAUAAAAAAUAACUGAGAAACUGGAUGCUUUUUUCAAAAUAAUAAUUUCCAGUCAUUUUCACCAUAAGCUGACGCAACCCACGGGCACGACCCACUGCUCUGGGAUUAGCAUGGAAACGUUUGGGAAUCGUUAUCGGAGAAGAACAACUUUUUUUUUUUUUUUAAAACAGUCUCUGUGGUGAUAUUCGUGAACUUUCAUUGAAAUCAAGACACUUUCAUCAUUCAGGACGUGACACAAGACACACCCCCCAUAAACUGAGCGGAUCUGGACGGUCGCUUCGAGUGGUGUGUGUCUGCGGGGACUUGCAUUGCUAAAAGUUACUUGAUGACGAUUGAUAUGUACUAUGUUAUUUCCUACCUGAACAUUUUGCACUCUCAAGCUGAAAGCAGGUGAUCCGCUUCAUCCUGAGCUUACCGCAACAACUGUUACCCGUUUGCCUUCCUCCUACGGUUCACCGUUCAAUUUUUUUUUUGUCCUCUUCUAAACUCUUCCUGGGGAUUCCCUGUGUAAUGAUAGGAUUAGUGCUGCGGUGAUGACAGUAAUGACCAUGUGAGGUGACACAUCCUCAGCCAAAUAAUGUAACCCGGUCUUUCAUGCAUGUCGGGCGAGGAGGGACUAACCGCAAGGGGUAGCAGACUUGCACUUCAAAAAAUGAUACUUGAUUGCUGUGCUUUAGCAGCAUAAGAAUUUGUUAACGUUUGGAGUUCUAAUCAAGCUUUGCCUUAAAGGAAUGUUUUGGGUUAAAUUUAAACUUGAGCUCCGCGACGAGCUUCGUCUGUCGCACACUCAACAGGAUACGUACUUUAAAAAACAAAGCUUGUUGACAGUCACCUACUAAUAACGAAACUCCACUGUUCUCAAUGUACUGGCUUUAUAAGUGGAUAUGAUUCACCGUGAUCGAUAUUCAGUUUGUUUACAAACCGUCAGACAAGCGUUUAUGUCAUAUAUUACACUGCAAACUACGCAUCGUAGUUUAAAGGGACAGUUUGCCCCAAAAUGAAAUUUUCCAUUAUUUGUUCAAAUGGUCAUCCUGGUUUCGUUCCAAACGUCUGUGACUUCUGAUAUUGUGAAGAAUUAUUGUCCUUACGGUAAAAAUCAAUCAACAGCGUAGAUAAGAAUUUUUAUUUUUGAGUAAGCUGUCCCUUUAAAUCUUAAUUAAUGAAACAUAGAAUUCAAUUUAUGGCGCGAGGGUUAACAAUGAGGAACCACAAUCUUUUGAGAAUCAUCCGUAUCAUUUUAAUCCAGAUCUCUUGUUCUGUUUAGGAAGACGAUGGCUUGUUUGAGUCCACUGAAUUUGCAAUUUUUCCUGUCAGGAGGCACGUAUUUCGCUGAAAUGCCAUAUUGAUUGUGCGUAGUUUAUAUUUGGAACCGUCAAAAACUUGACUCGGCCCUUAAAAGGCCACUGAAACUUGACCCACGAUGUAUCCCACCCUGAGCACAAUUCAAGAGGGUUGUUACCCGUUUCCUCCGCUAACUCCAGGUCGUGUUACUUUUGCGAACGUACCUAGCUCUUAGCAUAGCCCCGAAGCUUAACAACUGCCUUUUUCAAAUCACUGUGCUGUUCUUGAGCCAUGUUAAACAUGUCAAACCCCUAAAAGUGACAGGCCGGGCCCGGACCGAGCGCCCGGCGACUGUGGAAGGGCCAAAAGGGCCAAAAACGUAUGCAUUUUAACACACGACACAAUAAAUAUGCGUGUUUUCGGCCUUCCGUAGAGGAUUUGGUGAAGUCACGUCUCUCAGGCGUGUCUGUAAUCCUCCGGGGCUGCGUGACAUAAUGCGGCGAGGAGAUUAUCUCCCGUGCCAGCUUUGCAAAAGGAGGUUAGCGGCGAAAGGCCGGUGUACGGUUACCUGCGGCGCUACUUCGGCGGUCUCCUGUCUGUCCCUGACGUCCGCCUUGUUACCCUUCCAACACUGGCCCAGCAAGACUAAGCUACGGUUUUAUAUGCUAACUCUGACAGCUGACUGUUAUACUGCUGAGCUAGAACCACACGCGCCUAGGACGAGGGUGUGCGCGAUGCACACUGCGAUUGUCAAACACUUUACGAUACCACGCAAGCACCUUUUUUGAUUUUCACACGCGAGUCGCGCCGUUUAAACGCUUUAAGAACGCGUUUUCAUCUCAGACGUUAGCUACGACUCCGAUCUGCCUUAUCUUACGUUACCGCUUCCUUGCCGCUUCAUGCAUUUAAAACGAUUUUGUCAGUUGUUACGAAAAGUACUAGCUUCAGCGUCAGGGAUCGCGGUUGGCUUUUCAUCACAUGUUAGAUUUUGGUCGUUUAGUCACAGUUCUGGCUUGAGUUAGACAAGGACGCCUGAAAACGAAGUAUGUUCUAACUGGAAUACGCUGAUCAGUUCCAUCCAACUCGAGCUGGAAGUGUUUAGAUGACGCUUCUUUUCGUCAGACUCGUGCUGUUGUGUGGCUCACGAUAUUGAAAUGUCAACAUGCAUGUGAAAUCAACUCCCCCAGUCUUGAUUAUGUCGUUUUGGUAGAUAUUUGUUUUUUUUUUUUUUUUUGGGAACACAGGUGACUGGAAAUCCUUUCACAUGUGUGUUUGGCUCAUAUGCAGCUUCGUCUAUAAGAAAGAUGGAAACAGUCACGCUCUAAGUAUGUGAAGCCUAAGGAGAGGUAGUAGAUCUAACACUGUAUUAAAACACCAUCUAUGACUAUAUAAAUGUGGUGCGCUCCAAAACAGAAUGAAGAUGUUGUGCAUAAAGUGCAAAUAUGCAUAUUCCCUCUUGACUUGUACCAGUGUGAAAUAUUUUUAGCUUAUAUCGUGUUUUCAUUUUUAUGUCACAAAUGUCUUUUUAUAAAGAGUAUAUAUUACAGUAUUAAA